AUGUCGUCCACUUUGCAAGACCAACCAAUAGAGCUAGAUGCAGUCAUUGCGGGAGCGGGGUUCUCCGGCAUCUAUAUUCUUCAUAGGCUCAGGGACGGAUUAAAAUUAAACUCCAAAAUCCUUGGAGCCGGCCCCGAUGUAGGUUGGACUUGGUAUUGGAAUACCUACCCCGGGGCUCGCGUGGAUUGCCCCGCCCCGGUAUAUGCAUUUGGGAUAGAGGAAGUCUGGAAGAACUGGACUUGGUCAGAUCCAGAGCAGAAAGAGUUGGGCGCUUAUUUCCGCCACGUCGACGAAGUGCUUUCGGUGAGGAAAGACUGCAUUUUCAACGCGCGGAUCACUGCCUGCGGACCAUUUCAAUCCAGCGAUGGAAAGUGGACGGUGCAGACCGAGAACGGCAUCAGGGCGGUCGCAAAGUACUUUAUUCCGGCAAUCGGCUUCACGACCCAGCAGUACAUCCCCGACUGGAAAGGUCUGGAGGAUUUCCAGGGCAUCAUUCACCAUACCUCGACCUGGCCGCAGGAGCCUGUCGAUGUUAGAGGGAAGCGCGUCGCGGUCAUUGGCUCCGGAUCGACGGGGCUACAAAUUACCCAGGAAUGGGCCAAGGAGGCCACGGAGACCUUUCCAAGAGCGGAUGAGAGACGAGACGGCCGAUCUCUUUUGAACCCGGAAGGGAACCGCGCGGCGUAUGACUACUGGGCCAAGCGAACCCGCGAGCGCAUCCACGACCCGGUCAAACGCGACUUGUUGGAACCUCUAGAGCCACCACAUCCAUUUGGGACCAAGCCUCCCUCGCUAGAACAGGACUACUAUGAGCAGUUCAAUAAGGCCAAUGUCCACCUCGUCAAUACAAAGGAGCAUCCCAUUGUGCAGCGGACACCGCAAGGUAUCAUGACCGACGAUGGCAAGGUAUUCGAGGUGGACAUCAUCGCUCUUGCAACAGGCUUUGACGCGACGACUGGCGGCCUGGCCAAAAUGGGCAUUCAAGACGUGAACGGCGUGAAACUGAGUGAGCGCUGGCGAGACGGAGUCUUGACCUUCCAGGGCCUCAUGGUGCCAGGCUUUCCCAAUAUGUUCCUGCCGUACUCUGUCCAUGCUCCGAGCCCAUUCUCGAACGGCCCGGUGGGCAUUGAGUUCCAAGCCGACUUUAUUCGGGACAUUACAUUUGAAAAAUUGAAGGGAGAGAAAAUCGAAUAUAUCGACCCGAGUCCCGAGGGGGCUCAGGCAUGGAAGGCGGAGAUGGAAUUCAUCGCUAAUAUGACGCUAUCCGAAGGCGAAGUCGUGGUACAUGGGUGCUAA